AUGGCAGCUUAUGCAGCUCUUGCUUCUCUCUUGAACAACAUUGAGCAGAUGAUGAGGCAUCCUACCCUUUCCACUUCUUUCGACAACAUUCAGAUCCAAUUUCUUGAGGAGAAGGCUGCUUUGUUGCUUGAUUUCAUUGAGACCUAUAACUAUGUUGGUGGAGUUAGCGAAGAAGUACAAGAUCUGGAAAGCCUAAUCGCAUCUGCAGCUCAUACAGCUGAAGAUAUGAUUGAAUCUCACAUCGUCAAUCAACUCCUUCCUCUUUCAGCUCAUGAUCGCGAAGCAGCUUUCAGUUUUUCUUUGUAUCUACAGAAAAAAAGGGCAAUUGAAGAGAAAAAUGAAGCUGCAGUUGGAGAUGUUGAUCAAUUUCAUGGUGAAUCUAACCUCAGCAACUUUGACUAUCUGCGGCAGAUAAUUGAAGACAUGGAUGCUAUCAUCCACAAGGCCAGUGAGUUGAAGGAGAAACAGAGAUUCAGAGAGGAGCAUUCAACGCCUCCUCUUACUCUUAGUCUUACUCGGACCAGAGAAGAAACUGCUGUGGUGGGAUUUGGUGAUGAGUUGAUUCAACUUCUUGACGAGCUCACCGGUCAUCGAUCCAAUCUGCAUAUCAUCUCAAUCGUGGGUAUGGGCGGCAUGGGUAAGACUACUCUUGCCAAACAUAUUUAUGCUAAUCAACUCAUCGUUGAACACUUUCAUAUUCGUGCUUGGGCUACCAUUUCUCAACAAUACGAUGCUAAACAAAUUCUUCAACAACUAGUUUCUAGCCUAGGAAAAUCCUCCGAUAAAAAUGUAGAUGGAUUAGGAGAACAAUUACAUAAAACUUUAUCUGGUAGGAGAUAUUUGAUCAUAUUAGACGACAUAUGGAGUGUUGAAGCUUGGGAUGAAGUAAGGUGUUUCUUUCCCGAUAAUGGCAGUGGAAGCCGGAUUCUUCUAACUACUAGGUUGUCAGAUGUGGCUAACGGUUGUGGAUCUUCUUGCUUUUCAAAGAAUCUUCUAGAUGGGAGUGAAAGUUGGGAAUUGUUCUGUAAGAAGGCAUUCCAAAAUGAAGAUUGUCCUAGUGAGCUUGAGGAAGUUGGGAGGGAGAUUGUCAGAUCAUGCAAAGGACUAGCAUUGUCCAUUGUUGUGAUUGGUGGGAGUCUUCUAAAGUCUCCUAGGACUGUAGGAUAUUGGAAGAGUGUUGCCAAAGAUAUAGAAUCAAGUCCCAACUCAAAAGAGAAAGAAGAAAGUUUAGAUGUGUUGUUUUCAAGUUACAACCACUUGCCUUCUUAUCUAAAGCCUUGCUUCCUUCAUAUUGGAGUUCUUAAGCAUAUAAAUUAUGAGAAGCUCAAUAUCUCGAGUAUCAUCCAACUUUGGGUUGCUGAGGGAAUUUUAAAAUCAAAUGGAGGCCGAGUUUUGGAAGACAUUGCAGAGGAUUACCUGAAGGAACUCAUGAACAGAAAUCUGAUAUUAGUUGAGAAGCGAAGUAGAAACAGGAAGAUGAAAAGUUGUGAUAUGCAUGAUCUUUUGAGAGACCUAUGCUUAAAAGUAGCAGAGCAUCAAGGGUUUUUUCAUGUGAUCCCUCGAGGCAGUGUACGAGGCAAAGAACGACGCCUUGUGUAUCACAAUGAUACCUCCAGACUUGCACGCUCUAUCAUGAACUGUAGAUUGCUGAAGGUGGAGUCUCAUAAACAUAGAUUGUUGAGAAUUUUGGAUGUAUACAGUAACAGGUCAGUUGAAGAAUUAUUAGGGUGUGUUAACUUGCGCUACCUUGCAUUUCUGAACUUUCAUAGAGCGUUGGAGCUUCCUAGUUCAUUAUCCUUGGUAUGGAAUUUGCAUGCUUUAAUCUUCGACUGUAAUGCUCGAGUUGUUGCACCAAUUGAAAUUUGGAAGAUGCGACAGCUUAGGCAUUUCAGGUGUUAUGAAAUUUAUCUUCCUCAACCCGACGGACAAGAUGAGAUGUUUAUCUUGGAAAAUCUUCAUACACUUGGGAAUGCAGUGAAUUUGAGGUUGAGUGAGGAUGUGUGCAACAUCAUUCCCAACAUCAAGAUAUUGCAUCUUCGAUAUGAUCGUUUGUUGCAAGGAUGGGAUGAUAGUUUGAUGGAGUGUUUGUGCAAUCUUGAUCGCUUGCGUAAACUUGAAUCACUCAAACUGAGAGGGUGGUGGGGGCAUUAUAAGCUGAAUGAGGUACUCACAUUUCCCAAUUCACUAAACAAGUUGUUCUUGAGUGGUUUCAACUUUGAUUGGGAAGAUCUGACAAUGAUUGGUUCGUUGCCCCUACUCCAAGUUCUCGAGGUACGAGGUAACUGGGUCAUGGAGGGAAUGAGGACGUGGAGUCCUAUUGAUGGCCAAUUUCAACGCCUCAAGUUCUUGAAAAUUUAUGACUGUUUUCUGAGAUGUUGGAAUGCAGAUAGUUGUCAUUUCCCAAUUCUGGAGAAGCUUCUUCUUGUUGAUAUAUAUGAGUUGGAAGAGAUCCCAUGGGGUAUUGGUGAGAUACCUACACUCAAACUUAUUCAUCUGCAUCUCUGUCGUAACUCUGCCACGAUUUCAGCUUUGAAAAUAAAAGAGGAGCAGCUCCAGUAUCAGGAAAAUGAUGACGACCUUCAAAUCCAAAUUCAUGUCUCACCAUUUGGACUGGAGAGGUUCAUGGCAAUGGUGGAAACAGAGGGCUUGACACUCAAUAAUGUUCAAUUUAAUCAAUUUGGUUGA